CUAAACUUUACUAUAUCCAAGAUUUAUGUCCGUUACGGAUAAGUAGAUUGUGUGCGAAACGUACGUCACCAUGAUUGAAGACGUGCCUCGAAAUGAAAGUUGGCGAUCGCAUUUCGGAAUUUGCAGACGUGAUGAGGAAGGGGGGAGGGGGUUCUCCUGUGGGAAAGUCGAGUCCAGCUGUGCUUGGUCGAAGAUGAAUUUACACUCAUGCUAAGAUACUAUCAGAAAGAAUAGAUUGUUUCCUAGGUCUGUCCGUUUGAGCACAUUAUUCUAUUGAUACAAUGAUAGGUAAAUCUGAAGGAGCUUCGUUGUCGUAUUCCGAGGCCUUAAAAAUCAUUGAGGCAGAAGCAUCUAAGUUAUCAUCUUCAUCUACCAAUAUCGAGGAGCUCGUCCCUUUGCCAUUGUCGCUCAAUCGUAUCUCAAGUCGCAAUUAUGUUAGUCCCGAGUCAACACCUAAAUUCGACACAUCGGCAAUGGAUGGAUAUGCACUAAACUCGGAGGUUGCAGCAACUGCGUCGCCUGAGGAGCCAGUGAGAUUCUGUGUCAUGGGAACGUCGGCGGCCGGUGAUUCCCCUGUUGAAGUUCGCGGCGAGCCUGACGGGGAUAUAUAUCCGUGUGUGGAGAUCAUGACAGGAGCUAGGUUCCCGACCUGUGUGGAUCGAAGAGAAUUUGACUGUUGCGUGAAAGUGGAGGAUACGAGGAUGGAACCUGGAGGGAAGAUUAUCCAAGUGCUGAAACCUGCUAGGAAAGGCAUGAAUCGAAGAUUUGCGGGAACCGAUUUCCAGCAAGGGGAUAACAUUAUAGAUGCUGGAGACUGUGUCAAGAUCAAUCAUCUGAUGGCACUCGCGUCUAUCGGCGUUGAGAAGAUUGCAGUACGCAGGAAGCCACGAAUAGCCGUGUUUUCAACAGGGAAGGAAUUGCUCCAGAACGAUGGUGCUCAGAGUGAUGCACAGCGGAUAAUGGAUAUCAACGGGCCCUGUAUCACCGCUAGUUUGACGGACUGGGGAUGCGAUGUGGAGUUCCUAGGCGUCAUUGACGACAAUGCCUCUGCUGUGUCUGGAAGGAUCAUGCAACAACUUCAGCUUCGAGAAUAUGAUAUCCUCAUGACAACCGGAGGAGUAUCUGCUGGCAAAUUCGAUUUCGUUAGGAAGGCAGUCGAAAGUAUCGGUGCUAAGGUGUUGUUCCAUGGAGCUGCAAUUCGACCAGGACACCCUGUGUUAUUUGCGACUCUACCCUCUGGACGAUAUGACAGUACAGGAGGCAGAGAUUAUCCAUUGAAUAAACAGACAAGCACGGCAUUAUUUGGAUUACCGGGUAAUCCUGUAGCUAGCGCUGCUUGUCUCCGUUUUCUCGUGGUCCCUUUACUUCGGCAGUUACUCUCAGAGCAACCAGAGAGACCCAUGAAAGCGACUAUCAGGGAUGGAAACUUACCAUGGAAAGGAGAAAAGACGUGUAAUAUAGGAGUCGCAAGUGAUAUCAUUACGCGACUCCCUCCUAACACAGACGUAUUUCGCGCAGGACGCUUCACACUUCAGCAGAGUGAUAAGUUUGAAGUUGAGAUCAUCCACGACCACAGCCCCGGGAAAAUAAAGCCUUUUCUUGGUGCGGAUUGCUGGAUCCAUAUACCAAGAGGACAUACUGAGUUGAAAGAUGGUGAUGCCUUGGAUGUAUAUCCCAUCUGCAAGCAGGAACAUGGCCUCGCUGCUUUACUCAGGAGUUGACAUUGUCAAGCGGGCAUAAGUUUCGAAGCUCUUCCAUUCCUCCUUAUUGUUGGCAUUAAAUAGCCAUACCUCAUGGUCGGGUCGAAGCAUCUUCCCUUUCAACUCUUUCACAACGAAACUUGGCCCGCAUUUUCCUUGGAGCACGUUCUGCUGCAAUCUCUGAAGCGCACCAGGGCUCCAGACAGCCAACAGCGGCUCACAAUAACCA